AUGUCGACCACGCAUUGUUAUUAUACCCCGGGUGCCUUCAGUAACAUUUGGUUCCCCUGCGGCCCGGUGAACGACACCACAGCAGCAGUUCCCUGCUGCCAGGCCGGCGACACGUGCAUGAGCGUCGGGCUGUGCUCCUACACGCACUCCCUCCAGGGCGGUAGCGGGUGGUACACCUCAGGUUGUACCGACUCGACCUUUGAUGACCCGCAUUGCACGGUCUCUGAGUCGUUAUGGGCUUGCUGCGGGCUCACGGAUGACGGGCGGGACUGCGAGAGCCCGUCGAACGAAACCUUUGGCCUGGCGGCGUCUUCGGAGCUGUCUAGCUACUUCUCCAUCCCCGCGACGGGGUACUCGUACACAUCCGUCUCUGUCUCCAGUUCAACUACUAGUGCCAGCAUCAUCACGUCAACUGCCUCGGUGGCAUCUGUGUCCACAGCUGCCCCCACCGCCAGCGCUGCUGGGACAUCCGAAGUUAUUGAGUCUCACAAAGGCGGACUUUCAACGGGAUCGAUAGCCGGGAUAGUGAUAGGGUACGACUACGUGGGCCAGAACCUUGACUCACACGAUGCAUUUCAAAGAUGCGUCGAACUCAAUCCGGAAUGCGGCCGAGCUAUGAUGAGAAAGACCAGGCUCCGAGAGCUUCCGGACUCGGGUACUAGCCGCUCAGCCUCGACGAUCGCCGAAAUGAUCGAACCGCCACUGGAUCAUGUUUCUCACACCCUCCCUCAACGUCGCAGUGAUUUGUCGUUUGUCCUGAAUCCGAUUGAGACACACGACACAGAUCAUGUGUUUGGAAAUGAUGAAGACGAUUCAAACGUGUCAGCAGAUAGUGGCGGGACAGACUGGUCUGGUGAUGACGAGUAUGGAGAUACAGAUGUGUCUGGGGAUAGUGACGGCUCUGAGUCUGGCGAUUAA